UUGCACUGGACCUGUAUUGACAUCCGUUCAUUCAUAACAAAAUACACGAGGCACAGACUAAAGUUUCCUCUCUCAAAAUUCAUGUUUUUAUUUGCCCAAUCAAUUGGUGCCACAGAAAAGUUAACCAAUCAUGGGAAAGCUAAACGUUUCCCUACUGCGGUAUUUAACGAAGGAAGAUUUUCGGAUUCUCACUGCGAUCGAAAUGGGCAUGAAGAAUCACGAGCUUGUGCCGGGGGCUCUGGUGGCAGCUAUCGCCAGCCUCAAAGCAGGUGGAGUUCACAAAUUGCUGCGGGAACUUUGCAAGCACAAACUGCUUACUUACGAACGGGGCAAGAAAUUCGAUGGAUACCGUUUGACCAACAUGGGUUACGAUUACCUUGCUCUGAAGUCACUCACCCUGCGGGGUUCUGUUUCCGGCUUCGGGAACCAGAUAGGGGUUGGUAAAGAGUCGAACAUCUACACCGUUGGUGACGAGGAAGGAAAUCCGUUGUGUUUGAAACUUCAUCGAUUAGGGCGGAUUUGUUUCCGCAAUGUGAGGGAAAAACGCGAUUAUCAUGGCAAGCGGAACCGAAUGAGCUGGCUGUAUUUGUCCCGUAUUUCCGCUACACGAGAAUUCGCGUAUAUGAAGGCUCUGUAUGAUCGGGGAUUUCCCGUUCCAAAACCGAUUGAUUUCAAUCGUCACUGCGUCAUUAUGGAACUGGUCGAUGGUUAUCCGCUGACGAAUGUGGUCGAGGUGGGAAACGUGGAAGCAUUGUAUGACGAUCUGAUGAAUUUGAUCGUGCGGUUGGGAAACUGUGGCGUUAUUCAUGGCGAUUUCAAUGAGUUUAACGUUAUGAUUACGGAGGAUGAUCAGAGGCCAAUUCUGAUCGAUUUCCCGCAGAUGGUUUCCAUCUCGCAUCCUAAUGCCGAGAUGUACUUUGAUCGCGAUGUUCAAGGGGUCAGGGAUUUGUUCCGGAAGAAAUUCGGAUAUGAAAGCGAAGAAUAUCCGAAGCUUAGUGAUCUGGAGCGAGAGGAUGAACUGGACAAGGAGGUGCUCUGUUCUGGUUAUGGCUUCACUAAGGAAAUGGAGGAAGACAUUUUGAAGGAAUAUCAUCAGACAAGUGAUGCGGAAGAUGAGGAGGAGGGAAACAGUGACGAGGAGUAUCAGGAUAGUGUCACGGGGAAUAUGGACGAAGGUGAGAUUGAGGAGUGCAGGAAGAAGCUUGAAGCGGAAAUCAAAUUCUCCGAGGAGCUAAAACCUAAGUCCAAACCAGAGGACAAAAAUUCGAGUAUCCUGAAAUACAUUGCAUCGAUGUCUGCUGAGCAGAUGGAGAAACCAUUCAACGACGAGGAAAAGGAAUGUUUCAAAGACGCCCUUGAGGAGCCGAUUACUUCAGUUCCUCUUUCGGGAACCAAACAAACACAAACUCCGGAACAAGCUGCCGAGAGCUCAGAUCACGAUGACGAAUGUUCGAUGAGCUCAAAUGAGCUGAUUACCAACGAGGUCGAUGAUAAACUAGCCGAUCUGGAUCCAAACUCUCGCGAGUAUCGAAUGAUUAUGGUCCGCAAGCUGUUGGAUGACGCUCGAAGUGCAAGAUCCUAUUCAACAACGGCGAGUACAAUCGCUCCGUCGGUCAUCACGGACCGUAUCAAAAGUGGCUUGCGGGAGCAGGAGAAGAAGGAUCAGAAAAAACGAGCCGUGCCGAAGGGCGAAGCGAGCGCAGUUCGGCGGAUGCGAAAGGAUAACAAUAGCAUAGUGAAGGAAUUUCGGGGAUGGGAGUUCUAAGAUUGUAGUUUUUUUUUAAAUACAUUUA